AUGAGCUUCAAUACCAUUCAUCAUAUUCUUAGAGCUUAUGGAGCAAAUAUAGUUUACAAUGUUGAAUUGAUGAAUGGUAUUGAAGCUCAUAAACUUUUGUGUAGAAAAGCCUUCAUAAGUGAUUAUUCAUGCAGUACAUUUGCAGAGCUGAUUCCCGAGGUUUUAAAAUAUACUCAAUGUCUUCCAUUGGCAAUUAGAGUAAUAGGUUCUUUCUUGCAUUCUCGAAAUGCCAAGCAGUGGAAAGCUACCUUGGAUAGAUUGCGGAAUAGUCUGCCGGACAAAAUAUUGAAAGUUCUUCAGGUAAGUUAUGAAGGACUGGAUGAGGAAGACAAAGAAAUAUUUCUGCACAUUGCUUGUUUCUUUAAAGGAGAGAGGAAGGAUUAUGUGAGCCGAAUUCUAGAUGCUUGUGGAUUGCAGCCUGAUAUUGGAAUUCCACUUCUUGCUGAAAAAUCACUCAUAACCAUUAAAAAUGAGGAAAUUCAUAUGCAUGAAAUGUUGCAAGAGUUGGGGAAGAAAAUUGUUCGAGGACAACAUCCAGAUGAGCCAGGAUUUUGGAGUAGGUUGUGGCUUUACCAGGAUUUCCAUUAUGUGAUGGUGACCGAAAAGUUGAGGGUUGAAGCUAAAGCCAUAAUUCUAAAUCAGAAAGAGGAUGACUUCAAAUUUAAUGAGUUGAGGGCUGAAGAUUUGUCAAAAAUGGAGCACUUGAAACUGCUCAUAUUAAAUCAUAAGAAUUUUUCAGGAAGACCCUCAUUUCUUUCUAAUUUCCUACGCUAUCUUUUGUGGAAUGGUUACCCUUUCAUUUCUUUGCCAUCAAAUUUUCAACCAUAUCACCUUGUUGAGUUGAAUUUGCCUAAUAGCAGCAUUGAACAACUAUGGACAGACAUCCAGCCAUUACCAUAUUUGAAAAGGAUGGAUCUGAGCAACUCUAAAAAUCUCAAGAUGACCCCAUGCUUUAAAGGGAUGCAGAAUCUUGAGCGACUAGAUCUUUCAGGAUGCAUAAGCUUAUGGCAUGUGCAUUCAUCAAUUGGACUUCUUACAGAACUUCAAUUCUUGAGCUUCCAGAACUGUAGCAGUCUGGCAUGCUUUGAUUUUGGCAUUGCAUCCAAGUUAAGUUCUCUGAGAGUUCUCUGUCUCUCUUGUUGCACAAAACUUGAAAAUACUCCCGAUUUCAGGGGAUUAUCAAAUCUUGAGUAUCUUGACAUGGAUCAAUGUACAAGUUUAUAUACAAUUCAUAAAUCUAUUGGGGAUCUUACAAAGCUUAGAUUCUUAAGUUUGAGAGGCUGCACAAAUCUUGCCAAAUUACCUGACAGCUUUAACGAUAUGACAUUUCUUAUGAUACUAGAUUUAAGCGGCUGCUCUAAAUUUACGAAUCUUCCACUGGGAUCUAUAUUCGGUUCUCAAACUCAACAAUCUUUGAUUUUUAUCGACUUAAGCUUUUGCAAUAUUUCUCAAGUACCUGAUGCUAUUGGAGAAUUAAGGGGUUUGGAGAGACUAAAUUUACAGGGCAAUAACUUCACUGGACUACCUUCUACCAUCCAAAGACUUUCCAGUCUAUCAUAUUUAAACUUGUCUCAUUGCCACAAGCUUUGUAGUUUCCCUAAGCUCCCGAUUGAAAGUGGUCAGACAGAUUCAGUGGGAAGAUAUUUUAAAACAACGUCUGGAUCCCGUGAUCACAGGUCUGGAUUGUAUACUUUUGAUUGUCCCAAGCUGAAUGUAUAUAAACUACAGUUACAUCUUGAAGUCAAAACAAGAGUGAGAAUAUCAGAAUUAUCAUUUAAAUGGCUAAAAAGACUAGUUGAGGAACCUCAUCACUUCCAGUGUGGCUUUGACAGUGUUCUUCUUUGGUUUGAUUACCUAUGUAGUAGUCUUCCUCUUUGGUUUGAUCACUAAUAGAAUACAAUAUCAAAAUAGAAUUGAUAGUUAGCAAAAUGUAUUAGGCAAUAAGUAAAAUGUAAACAAUGAUGAUGUGGCACAAAGUUGUUACAGUCAGUUACACCUAAGAGCUGAUGUGGCACAAAGUUUGUUACAGUCAGUUACACCUAAGAGCUGAUGUGGCAAUAAGUUUGUUAGGAGUCUGCCAGCUCAGAUAUUUUAGCAGCUCUAUUUAAAGAGUCUGCAACCACUUGUAUUUGUGACUUUUGACUAAUCAGUUUCAAUGCAAUCUCUGAGAUGCAUAAUUCAU